AGUCUCCGGGAGAAUCUCGUUCAGUUCAGGUUAGGACUCCUGUUGGAGCAGCCGGAGGGACGCGGCCGCUUCUGUCGACCAACAUUCUCUGGAAAAUAAAUGAUCCCGCCGCUGUCCUGGACUCAAACACAGUCGGCUGUAGAGUCCCGCCGGAUCGCAGAGAGGAUCCCGGACCGGUGAAUCCGGUCGCCGUGAUUGAUCCGGAUCGAACCGUGCGUUCGGACGCGUCACGCGAGUGCGUGUUCCGUUCGGACUCGCGCACAGUCACAGGUUGCUAGCGGAGUUUAUGCUAACCGAGGCUAGCAGAGUUAGCGGGGCUUAAGAGCCGCUUCUCCCGGUUUCUGGGACUGUUACCCGCCAGGGCCAACCGCAGAAACCCGGUCAGACUUUCCCGGAGAGUGCUGGAGUCUCUAGCCACGAUGUGUUGUUGUUCCGGGCGUUUAUCCAGCUGGCCGCCCGGUAGCAUCGGAUGAGUGCAGCCCAACGGCAGUUGGUGUUUUUUCCUCCGUUUGUUUAAAAGCUGGACUUUGGCUCCUGAGUUGCAACCCAGUCGCCUCUGCUGGAUAAAAAACGGCGAUUUGACUCUAUUGGAGCGGGAUUAAAAACGCCUUUUCCUGUUUGCUUGCUUUUACUGGAAGAGUAGAAGAAAAGUUUAGUGUUUGGAGUAUUUUUCCGGAGCGUGUGGAAAAAUGGAUGCGGGUGUAGAGAAGGAAUGCGGCGCCUUGGGAGGACUUUUCCAGCUCAUCAUGAGCGACAUGAAGGCCAGCUAUCCCACCUGGGAGGAUUUCGUCUCCAAAGGAGCCAAGCUGCAGGCCCACCUCAGGGCGACCCUCCUGCUCACUGGAGCCUUCCUGGACGCCUUCCAGAAAGUGGCGGACAUGGCGACCGGGACCAGAGGUGCCACCAAGGAGAUCGGCUCAGCGCUCACCAGGAUGUGCAUGAGGCACCGCAGCAUCGAAUCCAAGCUCAAACUGUUCACCAUAGCGCUGUCAGAAAGUCUCAUCGUGCCUCUGGAGUUAAAGAUGGAGGAGUGGAAGAAAGCGGCGAGCCAGCUGGACAAAGACCAUGCCAAAGAGUACAAGAAGGCCAGAGCCGACAUCAAGAAGAAGUCCUCAGACACCAUCAAGCUGCAGAAGAAAGUGAAGAAAGGGAAGGGCGACGCUCGCGGCCAGCUGGACUGCGCCCUGCAGGACGUCAACACGCGCUACGCCGCGCUGGAGGAGACGGAGAAACGGGCCGUGUGCCGCGCGUUGGUGGAAGAACGAUCUCGCUACUGCAGCUUCGUCAGCAUGCUGAAGCCGGUCCUGGACCAUGAGAUCAACAUGCUGGGCGAAGUGACCCACCUGCAGACCAUCCUGGAGGACCUGAGCGUUCUGACGGCUGAGCCCACCAAGCUGCCAGCCGCCAGCGAACAGGUGAUUUUGGAUCUGAAAGGUUCGGACUUUAACUAUACCUACCAGACCCCCCCCGGUUCCCCUGGCAACAUGUCCAGGAAGAGCAGCAUCAGCAGGUAAGCCUCACCUUUACAAUCAACUGG